GCUGUCACUGCGGAGUGACGCAACCACGUUGUUGGCUGAAUGCGAUGGCGGACUGCUAUGUCCCCAGACCUUACCAGAGAUCGAAGGGAGAAAGUCAUUGAAUUUGCACCGGAACCGUUACAUCGUAAUCAAACCACCUGUUAUAGAGCGGGAGGAUUCUGUUCCGCCAUCCCUCUUAAGAAUAGUAUGGGACAGAGUUUAUUUGGAGUACGUUAUUUUGGACAAGACAGAGUGCGCUAGUGCAGGCUGCCGCAUGCGAGCCAGCAAGUUGACAGAUAUAACAAAACUCGAGUCAACAGGGGACAGUCCUAAAAGGAAUUACGGAGGUUGAAGAUAUAGCUGCUUAGACAAAAUGAAAUUCGCGGAGCACCUUUCGUCUCAUAUUACUCCGGAAUGGAGGAAACAGUACCUUCAAUAUGAGGCGUUCAAGAGUAUGCUGUAUGCAGCCCAGGACCAGGCCCCAUCCAUAGAAGUCACAGAUGAAGACACUGUCAAGAGAUACUACGCCAAGUUUGAGGAGAAGUUUUUCCAGAAUUGUGAGAAAGAGCUUUUGAAGAUCAACACAUUCUAUUCAGAGAAACUUGCUGAAGCACAGAGGCGUUUCGCCACCCUGCAGAAUGAGCUGCAAUCGUCUCUGGAUGCGCAGCGUGAGAGCAACGCACCAGGCCUCCGCAAACGCAAGACGGUGUUCCACCUGUCCCAGGAGGAACGCUGCAAACACCGCAACAUCAAGGACCUGCAGCUGGCCUUCUCCGAGUUCUACCUCAGCCUCAUCCUGCUGCAGAACUACCAAAAUCUGAACUUCACAGGUUUCCGUAAAAUCCUGAAGAAGCAUGAUAAGAUCCUGGAGACCCCCCGCGGGGCUGACUGGCGUGUGGCCCAUGUGGAGGUGGCCCCUUUCUACACCUGUAAGAAGAUCACCCAGCUCAUCUCUGAGACAGAGACUCUGGUGACCACAGAGCUGGAGGGAGGGGACCGUCAGAAAGCCAUGAAGAGGCUGAGAGUUCCUCCACUGGGGGCAGCACAGCCUGCUCUAGCCUGGACAACCUUCCGCGUUGGCCUCUACUGUGGGGUCUUCAUAGUCCUCGCUAUCUCCUUCCUCCUCACUGGUGCUGUACUCAUCCGGUAUGAGAACGUGUGGCCUCUGGUGCGUAUCUACCGCGGUGGCUUCCUGCUGAUUGAAUUCCUCUUCCUGUUGGGCAUCAACACCUACGGCUGGCGCCAGGCGGGGGUCAACCACGUGCUCAUCUUCGAGUUGAACCCUCGCAGCAACCUCUCCCACCAGCACCUGUUUGAGAUUGCUGGUUUCCUGGGCGUGCUGUGGUGUAUGAGCAUCCUGUCCUGUCUGUACUCUGAGUACACCAUGCUGCCCAUGCAGGUGAACCCUCUCAUCCUCUACGGCUUCAUGCUCCUCUUCCUCAUCAACCCCUUCAAGACUGGCUACUACAAGUCCCGCUUCUGGCUGCUCAAACUGCUGUUCCGUGUGUUCACGGCGCCGUUCCACCGCGUGGAGUUUGCAGACUUCUGGCUGGCCGACCAGCUCAACUCUCUGGUGAUUGUACUGAUGGACCUGGAGUAUCUCAUCUGCUUCUACAGCUUUGAGCUCAAAUGGACCGACCGCAAAGGCCUCCUGCCCAUGUUCAACGGUGAUUACACAUGCCAUAGUUACUCCUACGGUCUCCGUGCCAUCAUCCAGUGUCUGCCCGCUUGGUUCCGUUUCGUGCAGUGCCUCCGUCGGUACCGAGACACCAAGCGAGCUUUCCCUCACCUUGUCAACGCUGGCAAAUACUCCACCACUUUCUUUGUGGUCACCUUCGCAGCACUCUACAGCACCCACAAAGAACAAAAGCAUUCUGAUGCAGACAUGUUCUUCUACCUGCUGAUCGUGUUCUCAGCCGUCAGCUCCCUGUACACUCUGAUCUGGGACCUGAAGAUGGACUGGGGCCUGUUUGACCGUGGAGCAGGAGAGAACACCUUCCUCAGGGAGGAGAUUGUCUACCCGCAGAAAGCGUACUACUACUGUGCCAUCAUAGAGGACGUGAUCCUGCGUUUCGCCUGGACCAUCCAGAUCUCCCUCACCACCAUGACCAACAUCCCCUCUGUGGGAGACAUCGUGGGCACAGUGCUGGCUCCUCUAGAGGUGUUCAGGCGUUUUGUCUGGAACUUCUUCCGUCUGGAGAACGAGCACCUGAAUAACUGUGGUGAGUUCCGUGCCGUGAGGGAUAUCUCAGUGGCUCCGCUGAAUGCUGACGACCAGACACUGCUGGAGCAGAUGAUGGACCAGGAGGACGGAGUCAGGAACCGCCAGGGCAAGAAGAGCUGGAAGCGCAGCUAUAGCCUGUCUCUACGACGCCCUCUGAUAUCCUCUCAAUCAUCCAAGAAGGACACCAAGGUGUUGAUAGAGGAUACGGAUGAUGAGGCCUUCAGCUGAGCCCAGGGCACCAGCUCUACACCCCCAGUGAUCUUAUCACUCCAUCACAGAGCUGCCUCACCACACACACACACACACACACACACACACACACACACACACACACACACCACACACACACACACACACACACACACACACACACACACACACACACACACACACACACACACACACACACACACGAGACAUAGACAGACAUAGACAUACAGACACACACACACACACACACACACACACACAGACAUAGACAGACAUAGACAUACAGACACAAACUAAUAUAUACAUGCACAGAGACACACACAACAAUUAACUUACUCAAGCACAAUCUCAGUAUAUGAUAUUGGUAUAGAUGAGGUGGAAUUACACACACACAGUUCUGAGUUGUUCAGACCAAGAGGGAUACACACAGGAACAUAUUGGAGAAAAAAACACCCAGACCUGGGAUUUUCCAAUGAGUACUUUUAUUUUUUUAACAGACUCCUUUAGUUUAUUUUCUUUAUGUUAAUACUUUUUAGUUUAUAUAUUUGUUUUUGUAGUUCUUUGCCAUUUUUAAAGAUGUAAUAAUAGAGAAUAAACAACUGUUUACAUGCAUUUAGUAUAUCAGGAUCAACAGGGAUAAGACAUAUUAAUCAAAAAGACUAAUAAUAACCAACCUGUGCAUGGACUCUGGAACAUCAACCACAGCAUAUCAACAACAUCAACUGGUUUCAACCUGUUGCUUCUUUUUCUAUUCUGCGUUUUGGGUUGAUUUUGUUUAUUGAGUUGUAAUAAUGAAGCCGGUGUAAAACCCUGGCGGCACUUGCAGGAAAAGUGCAUUUCAUACAAACAAACCAAAACAACUUGUACAAAAAUAUAAUUUGAACAUAUUUGAGUCUGUUAAAGUUGCUUUGUAUAUUUGUUCUUGUGCGUUAUUUGGAUGUCAGAACUAUUAUGUACCCCAUGUAUUAUUUAGAAGAAUGACAAUAGCUUGAGCAUCUGUGCAAUGAUAUUGAUGUGUUUCUCAAUGGUGGGAAUGUUGUUAGACUUGUGCCAUGCUUUCUAGAAGCCGUUGUUGUGGAAGAGUACAAACUCUUCCGGUGGCUCAUUCCCCCUCUCAUACAAGCCUGGCCCACAGAUCAGUUGGUCAGCAACACGGUACAACUUCAAAGUGAUCUAAUUAGCUCAUGGCAAGUGCCCUACACGUGCAAAACUGUACUUUGCUUUUCUGCCAAACGUGUUAUUUGAAUGAAUGUCAUUCGCUGGCGUAGCAUCAACCAUCUAGCUAGCCUGAGAAGAAUGGUCUGUUCUGUGCGGCAGUGGAGUUGAGGAGACUGACUGAGCGGUUUUUCCAUUUCUCUGCCCUUUAGGGAAACUAUCCCAUUCUCUUUUGAUCAGUCAACAACUGAAACGGCACUGUGACUGUUUUUCUAUUGCAGUGUUUUCUACUGAUGGUGUGGGGCACUUUGUGUCUGUUCUGUUGUUUUGCUAUCGGCCUUCUCAGACCAGUGGCGACAGAGAUCAGCUGACAGUGUCCAGCGUUUCCACUGGGGUUUCUCUGACUGCGAUACUGCCCAAGUGGGUCAUGUGGAAUCUUCACAGGAUACUGUUGACAUCUGAAGAGGGCUUUUCCAUGGGAGGAAUGCCCUGGUUAAACAUGAGAUCAUCAUCUGUCAUGUCUGCUAGCCCUCUCACUCUUCAAAUAACAGUCCUCACCCUAAUCUCUGUCAUCUCUCUGAAAGAUCUAUGACUUUUACAACGUAGCUGCUGCAUCACCACUUUUGAAUAUAGAAUGCAUGCGUCAUGUACAGUAUCAUAGGCCCUGGGACUCUGCAUGUGUUAGAGUUUUUACUAGUGGUAGUGUUUGUCAGGCUUAUUGACUAGAACAGGGACAAAGUGAGUGAGUUGUAUCUCUGCUGUGUCAGGUGAUCUUUAAUCCUGAAAAGACCUUGCUGUGAAACAGUAGUUCUCAGAUCAGAUAGCCAUGAUUAAACGGGCCUGUCCUCCUUGGGUUGUAAGGCCUGCAGUAUUUACUGGGUUUUAAGGGUUAGUUCAGUUUCAAGUCUCAGUGGCCAAACAAUCUGUUGAAGGUGAGGGUGAUUUCUGUUACCAGCUCAUUCUACAGUACAUGUCAGUUUCUCUUGCUUUUUUUUGGCAAUGCACUCAUCAACAAAGCUCAUGAUUUUGCUGUAAUGUUUGCUUUAAUGUACUUUUUAUAACUUUUAUAGUGAAUUUUGGUUUUGCCAAGAAAAAUAACACCAUGGAAAUUGUACAACUGUUAGUGCUCUUUUUGUUUGUCUAUUUUGUCACAUGCAUGCUUUACUUGUAGACAAAUAUUAUUUGCAAGCACAAUCUUUAUCGGCUGUAGCUUUGAAAGUGGGUAAGCCCCUUUUUGUGGGCUUUCUGGCUUUUCAAAGGAAGGAUUAGUGUAUGUCACUGCCUGUUUCUCUCCCCUCCCAGUGUGUGAAAUCCUGUCUCACUCUGUGGCUAAGCUGUUUACAUGACGCAGUAGCCAUGAGUUGAUGAGCAUGAGCUUGUCUUUAUUAUUUAGACUGUUGACGUGUCUAAGAUUAAAUUACGGUUGGGGACCCAGCACAAAAUCUUUGUGUAAAGUUCAUAGGCUACAAAAUGUGUUGCAAAUGCUUAGAAGUGCAAUCAACAUCCAGAAUGACAUACAAUGGCUUGUGCCUUUGAGUUAUAUUUCUUAUUGUGGUGAGGAUUGUAGUCAGAAAGACAUAUGGCAGUUAGGGCUGUGCCAUGGCGUCUGGUACGUCAUUAAAACCACUAUCACAAAACACACAAUUAAAUUCUCUAACUACGGAGUGCGUCCUCUUUGUUGGAAGUAUAGUUGCUCCCACUUUCUUCCCAUACUCACUAUAACUACUGAACAGGCCAGUCAGCCAGUCUUUCCACCAAAAAAACACUGCUCCAAGGAUGCCUUUACAUUCCUUGUAGCUUUUGCAUUUCAGGCCUUUUAAAGUGAUGGAGAGCUCUUCUACGCCCUCAAAACACAUACACACUGUUUAAUCUCAUCUAAACCUCCCUCCAACACUGUCCUCUUUUGUCAGAGCAAAAACUUCUCCCUCCAACUUCAUGAUUAUUUUAGUAUCGCUCUACCGAUUGUCUUGCCUGCAUGCUGGUUUUGUUUUCCACUGUACAUGUCUAUUUAUUUUUCAUUAUAUGAAGAACACUAAUUAUUUUAGCUGUUCUGAUCAUUCUUGAUUGCAUUCAGAAAGUAUUCAAACCCCUUCUAUUUUCCACUUUGUUACGUUAACCUCAUUCUAAAAUUAAGUUAUUUUUCCUCAUCAAUCUACACACAAUGACAAAGGAAACAGGUUAUCAAUUUUAGAAAAUUGAGUUAAAAAAAUUCUACCUUAAAAAUCAAUCAGUCAAUCAGACCCUUUAAUCAGUACUUUGUUGAAGCACCUUUGGCAGCGAUUACAGCCUCGAGUCUUCUUGGAUAUAACGCUACAAGCUUGGCACACCUGUAUUUGGGGAGUUUCUCCCAUUCUUCUCUGCAGAUCCAUUCAAGCUCUGUCAGGUUGGAUGGGGAUCAUCUCUGAUCAUCUCUGCACAGCUAUUUUCAGGGUCUCUCCAGAGACGUUCGAUCGGGUUCAAGUCCGGGCUCUGGCUGGGCCACAACGACAUUGAGACUUGUCCCAAAGCCACUCCUGUGUUGUCUUGGCUGUAUGCUUAGGCUCGUGGUCAUGUUGGAAGGUGAACCAUUGCCCCAGUUUGAGGUCCUGAGCAGGCUUUCAUCAAGGAUCUCUCUGUACUUUGGUCCAUUCAUCUUUGCCUCGAUCCUGAUGAGUCUCCUGGUCCAUGCCGCUGAAAAACAUCCCCACACUAUGAUGCUGCCACCACCAUGCUUCACUGUAGGGAUGGUGCCAGGUUUCCUCCAGACGUGACGCUUUCAGGGCAAAGAGUUGAAUCUUGGUUUCAUCAGACCAGAGAAUAUUGUUUCUCAUGGUCAGAGUCCUUUAACCUUUUAUCUUUUACUGGGUGGCUUCCGUCUGGCCACUACCAUAAAGGCCUGAUUGGUAUAGUGCUGCAGAGAUGGCUGUCCUUCUGGAAGGUUCUCCCAUCUCUACAGAGGAACUCUGGAGCUCUGUCAGAGUGACCAUCGGGUUCUUGGUCACCUCCCUGACCAAGGCCCUUUUAACCCGAUUGCUCAGUUUUGCCGGGCGGCCAGCUCUAGAAAGAGUUGAUGGUUCCAAACUUCUUCCAUUUAUAAAUGAUGGAGGCCACUGUGUUUUUGGGGACCUUCAAUGCUGCAGAAAUGUUUUGGUAACCCUUCCCCAGAUAUGUGCCGACAAGUGUGGGACCUUAUAUAGAAAGGUGUGCCAUUCCAUAUCAUAUCCAAUCAAUUGAAUUUACCACAGGUGGACUCCAAUCAAGUUGUAGAAACAUCAAGGAUGAUCAAUGGAAACAGGAUAAUAAUCAAUUUAUAAUAAAUAAUCAAUUUUAGAACAAGGUUGAAACGUAAUAAAAUGUGGAAAAAUUGAAGGGGUCUGAAUACUUUCCAAAUGCACUGCAUAUUUUGUUUUCCAUUUAACUUUAAAACAAACAGCAUUAUAGGUGCUGAGGAGCAUUUUGAUGGUUCACAAUCCUGCAUUCAAAUGUAAAACCUGUUGAAUUGUGUUUGUAAAAAAAGAAACAGUUAGACGUUCAUCUGGAUUGUGAUUGGUCAUAUUUUGUUGCGGUUUCUAUACUUUUUCCUGGCUCCCUCAUCCUCAGGGUUCAUUGGCAUCCAGGGCUACUGGAGGGAGGGGACUAGGGGUUGGCACAACCCUCACUCCAUAGUGUCGACACGAACAAGAUACUAAUGGAGGACAUUAUCUUAUAAGCAUUCUAAUGCAUAUACAGUGGCUUCGGAAAGUAUUCAGACUCCUUGACUUUUUCCACAUUGUUACAUUACAGCCUUAUUCUAAAACCUACACACAAUACCUGACAAAGUGAAAACAGCUUUGUAGCAAUUUCUGCAAAUGUAUUAAAUUUAAAACUAAUACCUUAAGUAAAUAAGUAUUCAGACCCUUUGCUAUGAGACUCAAAAUUGUUUCCAUUGAUCAUCCUUGAGACAUUUCUACAACUUGAUUAGAGUCCACCUGUGGUAGAUUAAAUUGAUUGGACAUGACUUGGAAAGGCACACACAUGCCUAUAUAAGGCCCCACAGUUGACAGUGCAUGUCAGAGCAAAAACCAAGCCAUGAGGUCGAAUUAGAGCUCCGAGACAGGAUUGUGUCGAAGGCACAGAUCUGAGAUCUGAGGAAGGGUACAAACAAAUUUCAGCAGCAUUGAAGAUCCCCAAGAACACAGUGGCCAUCAUUCUUAAAUUGAAGAAGUUUGGAAACACGAAGUUUCUUUCUAGAGUUGCCCAGCCAAACUGAGCAAUCGGGGGAGAAGGGCCUUGGUCAGGGAGGUGACCAAGAACCCAAUGGUCACUCUGACAGAGCUCCAGAGUUCCUCUGUGGAGAUGGGACAAUGUUCCAGAAGGGCAAUAAUUGCAGCACAAGACCAAUCAAGCCGUUAUAGUAGAGCGGCUAGACUGAAGACACUCAGUAAAAGGCACGACAGCCCGCUUGAGGUUCACCAAAAGGCACCUAAAGAUUAUCCAACCAUGAGAAACAAGAUCCUCUGGUCUGAUGAAAUCAAGAUUGAACAUUUGGCCUGAAUGCCAAGCGUCACCAUCCCUACGUUGAAGCAUGGUGGCAGCAUCAUGCCGUGGGGAUGUUUUUCAGCAGCAGGUACUGGGAGUCUAGUCAGGAUUGAGGGAAAGAUGAACAGAACACAGUACAGAGAGAUCCUUCAUGAAAACAAGCUCCAGAGCUCUCAGGACCUCAGACUGGGGCGAAGGUUCACCUUCAUACUGGACAACGACCCGAAGCACACAGCGAAGACAACGCAAGAGUGGCUUCAGGACAAGUCUCUUUAUGUCCUUGAGUGGCCCAGCCAGAGCCCGGACUUGAACUCGAUCAAACAUCUCUGGAGACCUGAAAAUAGCUGUGCAGCAAAGCUCUCCAUCCAACCGGACAUAGCUUGAGAGGAUCUGCAGAGAAGAAAUUGCCCAAAUACACAUAUGCCAAGCUUGUAGCAUCUCUUACCCAAGAAGACUCAAUGCUGUAAUCGCUGCCAAAAGGUGCUUCAACAAAGUACUGAGUAAAGGGUCUUAAUACUUACGUGAUUGCUAAUAAAAAAAACUUUUCUGUAUUGUGUGUAGAUUGAUACAAUUGUAUUUUUCCUCAAUUUUAGAAUAAAGCUGUAACGUAAAAAAAUGUGAAGUCAUGGGGUGUGAAUAUGUCCCGAAGGCACUGUAUGACUGACUAACAGUUACUCAGUAAUUUAUAAAACAACUGACCAAUGUCUAAUGACAAGAGAUGGUCAAAGUGAUAACCCUUUGACAGAGGGUUACUUUGUAAGACCUGAAUGAUAACCAAGCCCUGACAUCACAAUUCCCCACUCAAUGAUUUGCUGAUUUCACUGCUUGUUAAAUCCCAUGAUUUUAAGUGUUUGAUAUCUCUGCAUCUUUACUUCCUUCUUGAUGUUGUACCCUUUCUUUCUAAAAGUGGAAGACUGUAACGGUGUCUAUAGUAACUAGAUGUACUUUGAUUACAUUAUGAAAAACGAUAGAUCAGAUGUGCUUGUGUUUUAAAGAGACAAAGGAAACAUCUUACAAUCCCCCUUUGACGGAGUAGUUUGUAAAUGUUGUGUAUAACGGUGUACUACAAUGGUCUCAUUUGUAUUUCUGUAUACACUUUGGUUAUCCUGUCAUAUCUGGGUUUUAUAAACCACGUUAAUUUUUAAAACUGUCA